CAGCACGAGAAUUAGAUCAACACUCCACCCUUGCUCAAUUUCCAUUAUCAUUACCAUUAAUCAUUUAAGCAUUAACAGAAGACUUUUGGGACAAAGAGAAUAAUAUACUGGAUGUGAGUGGACAGGAAAACUUAGAUCCGAGUUAUAUUAUGGGGAAAGUCAGUCACUUGAACUCCUUUUGAUCUAGGAUCAGAGCCCAAUGCCAGUGAGGUGAUGUCCCAGACUACUAAGCUCAAAGCCAGAAACAGCAUUUCUGGAUCAGAGAAGGAAUUGCAAAUCCCAUGCCCAGAAGGAAAUGAAGAGGGAGGAGGAGAGGAAGAGAGAGAAGGCACAGAGGCAGGCCCAGGAGAGGUGACUGAGGCAGUGAAGCUGGCCAUUGACUUGGGGUAUACGCACUUUGACUGUGCUUCCUUAUACCACAAUGAGAGUGAGGUUGGAACAGCCGUCUACUCCAAAAUCGUGGAGGACAUCGUGACGCGAGAGGAUCUCUUCAUUGUCAGCAAGCUGUGGUGCACCUGCCACAAGAAGUCCUUGGUGAAAGCAGCAUGCAUCAAGACUCUGAAGACACUCAACCUGGAAUACAUCGACCUUUACCUCAUGCACUGGCCUAUGGGUUUCAAGCCAGGAAAGAAAGAGUUGCCUUUGGAUCAUCAUGGAAAUGUUAUACCAAGUGAUACCGACUACUUGGAAACAUGGGAGGCCAUGGAGGAGCUGGUGAAGGCAGGGCUAGUCAAGGCCAUUGGAGUGUGCAACUUCAACCAUGAACAACUUGAGAGGCUUUUGAAAAAGCCUGGUUUGAGGAUCAAACCAGUGACUAACCAGAUUGAGUGCCACCCAUAUCUUACUCAGAAGAAUCUGAUUGGUUUCUGUCAAGAGAGAGAUGUGUCCGUGACUGCUUACUAUCCUUUUGGUAGCUCAUGGAAGGGGGUUGACUUGAUGGAUGACCCUGUGCUUCAGAGAAUUGCACAGAAUCAUGGCAAGACUCCUGCUCAGAUUUUGCUUCGAUUUCAGAUACAGAGGAAUGUGACAGUGAUUCCCAUAGCCCUCAACCCACACCAUAUUAAUGAGAAUAUUCAAGUGUUUGAUUUCGAGUUAAAAGAAGAAGAUAUGGAUGCCAUCCUUGGUCUAGACAAAAAUCUCCGAUGGGUCACAUUCCCCACAACUGAAAAUCAUAAAGACUAUCCUUUCCGUGCAGAGUACUGAGGACAGCUUCCUUCUUCCUCACUUCCAGACCAAUGGAUGCCAACGAUCGCAUCAUCAAAAAAGGAAUGAAUUGUUUGAGAAUAUCGCAUCUUUAAUCACCCUUGUGUUGUUGGAAUAAGGCCUUCAUUGUCAAGAACUCAUUCUUUGAUAAUAACUGCUGUUUGUGAUAUGUGUUUCAUAUUCAUUCUGACAGAUAUGAGAAACAAAACCAGCACUACCAAGGAAGCUAUAAAGGAUUAUGCUGCAGUUUACAAGAGUGGGGAUAAGUGAUCACUGUUCACCAAGUGUAUUUCAGCAUGCAGACAAUUAGGAAACAAAUGACAUAAGGAUACCAUUUGAGUUAGUAGGUUUAUCAUAGUUCUCUGCCCUUAGGAAACAUAGGGGUGAUUUUAAUGUAUUUCUUAUGAAAUGGACUUACAUAAAAGAACUUCAAAAAUUGUGAGUAUGAAUAAAACAUUUCCCAACAAAAUUUAAAUUGUAUGAU